AUGAGCCACAUCUACGGUAGCCACCUCUCCCCCCUGGCUAGCCCGUCCAUGGUUUACCUGCCGGCCGCGCUCGGCUUCGCCCCCGGGGGGGCGAUGUCCAGGCAGGACCCCCCGCAGAAACCCCCCUACAGCUACAUCGCCCUCAUCGCCAUGGCCAUCAAGGAAGCUCCGGAGCAGAAGGUGACCCUCAGCGGCAUCUACCAGUUCAUCAUGGACCGCUUCCCCUUCUACCACGACAACAAGCAGGGCUGGCAGAACAGCAUCCGCCACAACCUCUCGCUCAACGACUGCUUCGUCAAAGUGCCCCGCGAGAAGGGGCGGCCCGGCAAGGGCAGCUACUGGACCCUGGACCCGCGGUGCCUGGACAUGUUCGAGAACGGCAACUACCGCCGCAGGAAGAGGAAGCCCAAAGCCGCGGGCCCCCCGGACGCCAAAGGUGGCGAGCAGCCGGGGCCGCCCGCUCGCCCCGUCGAGCCCAAGCGAGCCAAGGGCAGCGCGGCCACAGCGCCGGGGGACGCGGGGGUGGCGCGGCCGGGCGGGGGGACAGCGGCUUGUCCCGGGGGGCCACCCCCUGCCGCAGCCCCGCCGCUCAAGAGCGGCUCCCGGGGCCGUAGCUUCAGCAUCGAGAGCAUCCUGGCGCAGGGGCUGCGGCCGCCGCCCCCCGGGGCAGCCCCCAAGGUAGCCCGGGACAGCCCCGCCGCUUGCCUCGGCGGCUCCCUGGUAGCCAGCGGCGGCUUCGGGCCGGCCCUCAACGCGUCCCUUAUGCUCGACUCCCAGGUGCACGGGAGGCUUUACCACAUCGGCAUCCCCUUCCUCUCCUGCUUCCCUCUGCACUUCUCCGAGGCGGUGUUUAAUUUCCAGUAGUUGCCCCACAAUUAACGCGCUGCUCCGGGGGGCGCGAUGGGGAGGGAGAGAGAUCGGACUCAGACCUCACCACGCGGGGAAAGACCUAAAAAAAA